AUGGGAGAUAGUGUAACGGAUGUACCUGAGAAUGUUAUACAAAAAUUCUUGAAAAAAUUCUCAAAAACUGAAAGGUUAAGGAAUAAAAAAAAAUUACGUAAGGGUAAAAAGAAUGAUAUAAUUUUUAAUCGAGCUAAAAACAAAAAGAAAAAUCUGACUAAUUUUCCACAAGAGUUUACAAAAACCGUUACAAAUCAAAAAGUAAUUAAAGCAAUUAAAGCAAUUAAUGGUAAUUAG